AUGCCGUACUGUGGCACCCACCUACGCACUCGCCAUGCCGUACUGUGGCACCCACCUACGCACCCGCCAUGCCGUACUGUGGCACCCACCUACGCACCCGCCAUGCCGUACUGUGGCACCACCUACGCACCCGCCAUGCCGUACUGUGGCACCCACCUACGCACCCGCCAUGCCGUACUGUGGCGCCCACCUACGCACCCGCCAUGCCGUACUGUGGCGCCCACCUACGCACCCGCCAUGCCGUACUGUGGCACCACCUACGCACCCGCCAUGCCGUACUGUGGCGCCCACCUACGCACCCGCCAUGCCGUACUGUGGCGCCCACCUACGCACCCGCCAUGCCGUACUGUGGCACCACCUACGCACCCGCCAUGCCGUACUGUGGCGCCCACCUACGCAGGUGGCAAAUGGGAAGGGCGUUGUUCAAGGCACCCGCGACCGUUACCACACAGCAGGUGGGGCCACCCAGGCAGCAGCAGCUAA